GGCCGGGGAGGGCGGGGACUGAAAGGUGGAGGGCAGCCAGCCGCAAGUGUGUCCGCGCCUCGUUACCAGCCGCCGCGCAGGGCCGCGGUCACAGGCAAAACCCACGCGAGCAAGGCCGCAGCGCCCUGCCGGCCUUUGCUGCGCCUGUGCCCGGCCUUGGGCUGAGAACGUUUUCACCGGGCGUCAGGGGCUGAGGAGAGGAAUGUUGGGUCCCCGGAGCCCUGCGCCCCAGAACGAGACAGGCUUGGAAAGAAGGUCGAGGAGGGGGCCUGAGCAAAGAUACCCCACCCCGAGCUCCAGGGCAGAACCUGGGAGUCCGAGGAAUUGGCAUAUCUCAGCGAUGCUGGCGGCCCCUGGGAAUCUGUCCUUCCCUGAGCAGAGGACAUGACCAAGUUCCAGGAAUCAGCAACACUCGGUGAUGCAUCUGUGGACCCCGUGGAGGCAGAGCGAGGGUGCCUGGGCCCUACCCAGAAGAAGCCAGAGGGUGCUAUGACUGCAGGGCUGCAGGAGCUUGGCAGAGACUUGAAAGAGAAUUCUGUGGAGAGUGUUUGGAACAAAGGACUCUGGGACCUGUCACAUACAUAAGCUUCCUGCACCUGAUUUCAGAGGAAGUGGCCAGUUAGCACCUGGGAGUAGGGUCUGUAUUGUGACUCCUCAGGGAAAGAGCUAGAUCCCUGCCAGAAGUGGAAAGAAGCAUCUUGUCAUUUUCCAGAAACAAGAAUGGUGUGGUGAUUCUUCAGUGACUUUACAAACAUUGAAAGUGAAAACUACCUGUCUUUAACAGUCCCAGAUGGCCACACAAGACUCCCCUAGGAAACUGUGUAAGAAUGAGCCCCAAGACCCUCAGGAGACCAGAGGUCUUUUUCCACCUGAAGAGAGCACCAAGAGGUGGGUUGUGAGGAGAGAGAGCCCUCCCAUGGCCCUGGGUUCUGAAAACCUGCAAGUUAAACUUGCAUCUGAUAGAACAGAGCCAGUGUCACCACUGGUUGGUGGUGAAGCCACUUGCCAGAGUGGCCUGGUGAAAGAAUCUUCAGAUCCCUUUGUCUGUAACCGAAAAGACAUUUCAAGGUGGAGGUCACAGUUGGUCAGCUACAGCCACCAGAGAGCUCACACAGACCAGAAGCCUUGUCACUGUGCUGAACAUGGGAAGAUGCUGCACACCAGCCCAGAUGCUUGUCCCGGCACAAACACCCACACUGCAGAAAAGCUGCACAGAUGUGACCAGUGCAAAAAAGACUUCAGUCAGAAGUCAGAGUUCCUGCUACACCAGAGGAGCCACACAGAGAAGCCCUACAUGUGUACACAGUGUGGCAAGGGUUUCACCAGGAGCUCCAGCCUGCUUGUCCACCAAGCCAUCCACACUGAUGAGAAGCCCUACAAGUGUGACAAAUGCGGCAAGGGCUUCACCAGGAGCUCCAGCCUGCUCAUUCACCACUCGGUCCACACAGGGGAGAAGCCAUACAAGUGUGACAAGUGUGGCAAGGGCUUCAGCCAGAGCUCCAAGCUGCACAUCCACCAGCGUGUGCACACCGGGGAGAAGCCCUAUGAGUGUGAGGAGUGCGGCAUGAGCUUCAGCCAGCGCUCCAACCUGCACAUCCACCAGCGAGUGCACACCGGGGAGAGGCCCUACAAAUGCGGGGAGUGUGGAAAGGGCUUCAGCCAGAGCUCCAACCUGCACAUCCACCGGUGCAUCCAUACUGGCGAAAAGCCCUACCAGUGCUACGAGUGCGGCAAGGGCUUCAGCCAGAGCUCGGACCUCCGCAUCCACUUCCGGGUGCACACAGGGGAGAAGCCCUACCACUGUGGCAAGUGCGGCAAGGGCUUCAGCCAGAGCUCCAAGCUCCUCAUCCACCAGCGUGUGCACACCGGGGAGAAGCCCUAUGAGUGCAGCAAGUGUGGCAGGGGCUUCAGCCAGAGCUCCAACCUGCACAUCCACCAGCGUGUGCACAGGAAGGACCCAGACCCGUAACGCGGCCGGGCCAGGUCUCUAGUGCUGUGAGGACUUCUGUGUUUCUAAUGUAUCUCUUGCCUUUCUGUUCCUCAAAGGAGAAAGAUAAAGGGUCAGUCAGAUUGAUCCCCGGUACCAGAUAUGUGCCCUCACUGAAAAGUCAUUCAUUCAUUCAAAACACCAAGCACUUGGCUAUGCUGCACAUCGGGUAGGGUGUUCUGGUCCUUCAUGUGGGUAGAGUAAAAUGUCUACAUUUCAGUUCAGCCAGUGUUACUAGAACUACAUAUCCACUCAGCAUUUUUAACUGCAAGAACUUUAUAUUUAUCCAGGCUGGGCAUGUUUUCCUUUGUUCAUAUUCUGUGCAAAAUUGGAACUCUUGUUUCUCUUCAGAUGAUGUGCCUUGUGUUUUUUAUAUCUCCUUUGAGUCCCAAGUAGCCUCCCUUAAACUCUGAUUAUAUAUUACAUCCAUUUUAUGUUGGGAGGGAUAAACGUUGGAGAUACAAUGGAUGUGAAAAUUUCCUGUGUUUAAUGCCAAAAUGUACAGUUUGUGGCCACACAAUAAGGAGCUGGAGAAGAGUUACUCCUCUAGUGGACCCCAUACACUGUUUUAACAGAAGUCUUGAACAGACACACACCUGCCCCAGGUAGCCCCUCAGGAACAUCGUUAUUUUUCCUGAAUGCAGCCAGCUUAUUGGGGUACCUCCAGGCUGAAAGCAAAGUAAGGUCCAAAGCAACAUGCCCAAAGUAUGUACCAGAGUACAGCUGGCACUGAAGGGUGAUUCUGAGAGCUAAGUUCCAGGCAGAACUGUUUCUCCCCAGUGUAGGGAGCAUGUGGAGGCUGAUUACCAGAGGCUGCAGAAACUUUGUUGAGGCUUAGAAAACUAAAGCAGAGAAAGUGGUAGCCAGUGUAUUUUUGUUAAACAUGUCUGAUUUCUCAAGACAGCAUUGAAAUGCUACAAAAAUAUUCUUAAGUUCAUAAAACCAUAGCAAGAAAGAUCAAGAGAAAGAUCACUAGCAAGUGAAAUCUCAGAAAAUGAGAGAUGGAAGAUAGAAGCUGGGGUGGUGCACAUCUGUAGUCCCAGCUACUCUGGAGGAGUAGGCAGGAGGACCACUGGAGCCUGGGCAUUGGCAGGACUCCUAAAAAAAAAAAAAAUUAAUGGGCUGGGGAUUUAGCUCAGUGGUUUCACCACCUGCUGCACAAGUGCAAGGACCUGAGUUCAAUCCCCAGUACCAAAAAAAAAUUAAAGAUGGAAGGGCAGCUAUCAGAACAGAAGCAGACAUAGUUUAUGCUGCCUGCAUAUGCUUAUUUUAGAUAAGACAGAUUUCAGCUGGAGAUUUAGCACAGCGGUUCCACCACCUACCUUGCAAGCACAAGGUCCCAAGUUCAAUCCCUGAUACCAAAAAAACAAACAAACAAAAGCACAUUUAGCACAAAGCAGGCAGAGAUGGGGAUGAUAAAAGACAGGAACUAAAAAUCAUAUUGCAAAUGUACAAACAAUAAAGAAAAUUCAAUGGAAUCAAAA